AUGGGCCGCCCCGGAGGGGGCGCGCUCCGGCCGCCGGCGCUGCUGCUGCUGCUGCUGCUGCCGCUGCGGCUCCAGCCUCUCGCGGCGGCGGCGGCGGCGGCGGCGGCGGAUCCCCCACGCGGAAGCCAAGGGCUGGCCACGGAGUGCGAGGAGGACCAGUUCCGGUGCCGGAACGGGCGCUGCAUCCCCUCCGUGUGGCGGUGCGACGAGGACGACGACUGCGCGGACAACAGCGACGAGGACGGCUGCCCCAAGAAGACGUGCAUGGACACCGACUUCACCUGUGACAACGGCCACUGCAUCCCCGAGCGGUGGAAGUGUGAUGGCGAAGAGGAGUGUUCCGACGGCUCCGAUGAGUUCCCAGCCAACUGCCCCAAGCAGGUGUGUCCCGCAGAGAAGCUGAGCUGUGGACCCACCAGCCACAAGUGCGUGCCCGCCUCCUGGCGCUGCGACGGCGAGAAGGACUGCGAGAGCGGGGCGGACGAGGCCGGCUGCGCCACUUUGUGCGCCCCGCACGAGUUCCAGUGCCGCAACCGCUCGUGCCUGGCCGCCGUGUUCGUGUGCGACGGCGACGACGACUGCGGCGACGGCAGCGACGAGCGCGGCUGCGCCGGCCCGGCCUGCGGGCCCCGCGAGUUCCGCUGCGGCGACGGCGGCGCCUGCGUCCCCGAGCGCUGGCUCUGCGACCGCCAGCCCGACUGCGCCGACCGCUCGGACGAGGCGGCCGCGCUCUGCGGCCCCGGGGGCCCGGGGAGCCCGGGGAGCGCCACCGCCUCCGCGCCCGCCGCCUGCGGGCCCGCGCGCUUCGCCUGCCGCAGCGGCGAGUGCGUGCACCGGGGCUGGCGCUGCGACGGCGACCGCGACUGCAAGGACCAGUCCGACGAGGCCGACUGCCCACUGGGGACCUGCCGUGGAGACGAGUUCCGGUGUGGGGACGGAGCCUGUGUCCCUGCCACCAAGCGCUGCAACCAGGAGCAGGACUGUCCGGAUGGGAGCGAUGAAGCUGGCUGCCUGAAGGGGCUGAACGAGUGUCUGCACAACAACGGCGGCUGCUCCCACAUCUGCAACGACCUCAAGAUCGGCUUUGAGUGCACCUGCCCCGCAGGCUACCGGCUCCUGGACCAGAAGACCUGCGGCGACAUCGACGAGUGCGAGGACCCGGACGCCUGCAGCCAGAUCUGUGUCAAUUACAAGGGCUACUUUAAGUGCGAGUGCCACCCUGGCUACGAGAUGGACACGCUGACCAAGAACUGCAAGGCCGUCGCUGGCAGGAGCCCGUCCCUGAUCUUCACCAACCGGCACGAGGUGCGGAGGAUAGACCUGGUGAAGCGGGACUACUCACGCCUCAUCCCCAUGCUCAAGAACGUCGUGGCGCUGGACGUGGAAGUGGCCACCAAUCGCAUCUACUGGUGCGACCUCUCUUACCGCAAGAUCUACAGCGCGUACAUGGACAAGGCCAGCGACCCGGCGGAGCAGGAGGUCCUUGUCGACGCGCAGCUGCACUCCCCCGAGGGCCUGGCGGUGGACUGGGUGCACAGGCACAUCUACUGGACCGACUCGGGCAACAAGUCCAUCUCGGUGGCCACGGUCGACGGCAGCCGCCGCCGCACUCUGUUCAGCCACGACCUCAGCGAGCCCCGGGCCAUCGCCCUGGACCCCCUGCGAGGGUUUAUGUAUUGGUCUGACUGGGGGUACCAGGCCAAGAUUGAGAAGUCUGGGCUCAACGGUGCGGACCGGCAAACGCUGGUGUCGGACGACAUUGAGUGGCCCAACGGGAUCACCCUGGAUCUGCUGAGCCAGCGCUUAUACUGGGUGGACUCCAAGCUGCACCAGCUGUCCAGCAUUGACUUCCGCGGAGGCAACAGGAAGAUGCUGAUCUUCUCCCCCGACUUCCUGAGCCACCCCUUUGGGAUCGCUGUGUUUGAGGACAAGGUGUACUGGACAGACCUGGAGAACGAGGCCAUUUUCAGUGCGAACCGGCUCAGCGGCCUGGAAAUCUCUGUCCUGGCUGAGAACCUCAACAACCCGCACGACAUCGUCAUCUUCCAUGAGCUGAAGCAGCCGAGAGCUGGAGACGCCUGCGAGCUGAGUGCCCAGCCGGACGGCGGCUGUGAGUACCUGUGCCUUCCUGCUCCUCAGCUCUCCAGCCACUCUCCCAAGUACACGUGUGCCUGUCCUGACACCAUGUGGCUGGGCCCCGACAGGAAGAGGUGUUACCGAGCAUCUCAAUCUACCUCAACUACGACGUUAGCCUCUCCCACAGCGAGGACGGAAGCCGACUCUGCAAGGGCUCCAGGCACCGCCAUCCACAGCCCCACCCACCGGAACCACAGCACAGAGACGCCACGCCCGGCAGCUGCAGCCCCAAGCUCAGUCAGUGUCCCCGAGGCGUCCAGCAUCGGCCCGUCUAUCCCAAGCCCUGCAACCAGCAACCACUCCCAGCACUACGGGAAUGAAGGCGGCAAGCCGGGCUCCACGGUCACUGCUGCUGUCAUUGGGAUCAUCGUGCCCGUAGCGGUGAUAGCCCUCCUGUGCAUGAGCGGCUACCUGAUCUGGAGAAACUGGAAGCGGAAGAACACCAAAAGCAUGAAUUUUGACAACCCAGUGUACAGGAAGACAACAGAGGAGGAGGAUGAAGAUGAGCUCCACAUCGGGAGGACGGCUCAGAUUGGCCAUGUCUAUCCUGCAGCAAUCAGCGGCUUUGAUCGCCCACUGUGGGCAGAGCCCUGUCUUGGGGAGACCAGAGAACUGGAGGACCCCGCCCCUGCCCUCAAGGAGCUUUUUGUCUUGCCGGGAGAACCAAGGUCACAGCUGCACCAACUCCCGAAGAACCCUCUUUCCGAGCUGCCUGUCGUCAAGUGCAAGCGAGUGGCAUUAAGCCUUGAAGAUGAUGGACUGCCCUAA